AUGAGUAACUUUUCCUCAUCCCGUCUGAACUCCUCAAUCUCCCUCUCAGGAGGGUACUCAACGCGCGCAUCUAGCGUUCGCGCAUCAAGCAUCUAUGGAGGUGCCGACGGAAGUGGCGUGCGUGUGUCUCAAGCUGGAUGGCUGAAGCAAGGAUUUGACCUGAAUGAAACAUUUGACAAUGGCUUCAACGUGUCACAGAACGAGAAGGCCACCAUGCAAAAUCUCAACGAUCGACUGGCCACUUACCUGAACAAGGUGCGCUCACUGGAAAAAGCAAAUGCCGAACUAGAGCGCCAGAUCCGGGAGUGGUCCGACAAGAAGACCGUGGGCAGACGAGACUACAGCCCCUAUUUCGCUACCAUCGCCGAACUGCGCCAAAAGAUCCACAUUGCCAGCCUUGAAAACGCCAGGGUCAUCCUUAAUAUCGACAAUGCUAAACUCGCUGCAGAAGACUUCAGAGUCAAGUACGAGAACGAGCUGACGAUGCGCCAGUCCGUUGAGUCUGACGUCGCCCGUCUGCGGCGGGUCCUGGACGAUCUGACGAUGUUGCGGUCGGACCUGGAAAUACGCAUCGAAGGUCUCAAGGAGGAGGUUGUGUACCUGAAAAAGAACCACGAGGAGGAAUUGGCAGCCAUAAGGAGCAACACGGGCAGCAGCUCAGUGAAUGUAGAUGUGGACGCCCCACCCCAGCAGGACCUCGGCCACAUGCUGAACGAGAUCCGCACACAGUAUGAGGGAAUCGUCGAGAAGAACCGCCGAGAUAUGGAGUCCUGGUACAAAGCCAAGUUUGACGAAGUAAAUCAGCAGGUGAAGGAGAACACUCAGGUGAUACAGACGUCUCACAGUGAGAUCAGUGAGCUCAGGAAAACAUUGCAGGCUCUGGAGAUUGAGCUGCAGUCUCAGCUCAGCCUGAAAGCAGCUCUGGAGGGAACGCUGCAUGACGCAGAGUCACGUUACAGCCUUAAGCUUAGCCAGCUGCAGGGCAUGAUCAACAACCUGCAGAUCGAGAUUACCCAGAUUCGCACUGACAUCGAAAGGCAGGACAGUGAGUACAGGAUGCUCCUGGACAUCAAGACCAGGCUGGAGAUGGAGAUCGCAGAAUACAGAAGACUGCUAGAAGGAGAAGAUUCUUAUGGGAAAACCACAGUGACCAAGGUUGUUGAAUCCAAGCUCCUCAUGAUUGUCCCCCUCCCCACCCCUUCAGAUGAACCCGUGAUAACUAAACGCGUACGCACCGUGAUCGAAGAGAUGGUUGAUGGCAAGGUGGUCUCACGCACAGAGGACGUGGACAUGGAGGUCCUGAAGAAAUAAACCAGAGCACCCCCCCUCCAACAUUACCACUGUGAUCACCAUGUCAACAAAAAAAAAAAAAAACAACCAUGGCAUUUGUCUUUAAGUGUCUGAUGGAGGGACACGUGGAGAAACUUCAAUGUGGUUUUGUAACCUGAAUAAUAAAAUCUGAUAUGCAGCAUCGUUGGUUGAGGCAUAUUUUUACAAAGCAUCAAAAUAAAGAAUUAAAUUCACAGA